AUGGAAGCAAAAUAUAAUCUACGAAGUCCAGGUAAGUGUCAAUCCGAGGAGGAAUAAAAACCGUCCUUACGAGCUCUGAAAAAAAGAAAAGAUCUGCUAAAGUUUCUGUCGACGUACAUUCAUGUGGUAAUUCGAGGUGUUGUUUUGGUUAUUUUCGUCCAAAAUAGGCGUCAAACGCUUGAUGAGAGAAGCUAAGGAACUAAGUCAACCGACAGAGCUGUAUUUUGCCCAGCCUUUGGAGGUAAGCAGUUCCCGUCAUUCUACACUUCACACAAGCUGAUAAUGAGCUUAUAAAUACACAGGUAAUCUGAAAAGUUUGCAGAAUGGGCUAUUGCAUUUAAUAUCUGUACCCCCCCCCCCGGUUAAGGACCUACCUUUUGUUCUUUCUCCUGAAGAUAAAAUACUUUUGCAUCCACCCCUGAAGACUUCCAUAAAAUAUGGGUUUACCCCUGAAGAAUAAGGGUCCUACCCAUGAAGUAUUUCGAAAAAAUUAAAGCUCCACCCCAAAGAAUUCCAUCAUUAUUACUCUACCCCUAAAGAAAUCUUCAAUCUUUAUAAACUUAUCCCUGAAGAAUUCAAUGGUUCCUCGACCUGCUGGGGAAUGCAAUUAGCCCAAUUUGAUGUAGCUGGCAAAGUGUUCAGUAUCGUGAUUGCAACAAUCCAGAUACAUGCUACUAGGGUUGCGUUCAAUUGGGAAAUCCAGAUGUUAAAUUUUGAAAUUUGAAUUUAAGAUUUUGCAAUCGAACACGAAAUCCGAAAAUGGAUUUCACCUCUGAGAAAUCCGUCCUCAGGGUGGAUUUCAAUUAAAAAUCCAAAUCGGGAUUUCAUGGAUUUCCUUUUUACCGUUCAAUUGGGAAUCCGAAAAAGGAUUUUCAAAACUGUUCUCAUGAACAGUGGUGUUCUUUUUGUUAGUUAUGCAUGCGUUUGUAAGACUGCUGUUCUUAAGGACAGUUUUUCAAAUCCUUUUUCAGAUUUCCCAAUCGAAUGGUAAAAAUGGAUGAUGCAGCAUGAUCUCAGUGUUGAAAUCGGGAUUUUAAAAUCUAAAUACAGAUUUCCCAAUCAAACACACGCUAAAGCAUUCAAAUCUCUCAUGAACAACAACAUCAACAACAAAAAUGACCCAAUACGAAAAGAUCAGGGCAGUAUAAAAAAACUUGUUUUAAGACAAUUCCUGCAGGACAGAUGCUCAGACUAAGCUUAAGACCUGGAACUUAGGUUUGACCGGACCAUGUUCAGUUGUAAUCUUAGGCUAUGUUGACACUGUACCUUAAAGCUGCUGUGAAGCUCAGUGGCACCAAUCUCGAAAGUGAAGUAUCGCACAUUGGAUAAGUCUUGUGCCACACUUUUGUGCAGUAUUUGGACUGUCAGUAGUGGAAAUGAAUAAACAGAAGCGAGGACUGUAAUCCACUGAGAUGGAAGUUUCAAGGGAUUGAGAACUGGGAAUUAGUUCACCAAACUCUCUUGGUCAACCAUCCUAGCUUGAUGUUCUAUGUGUGUGAACAGCUUGUUCCAGUUCUAUGCUGUAGCAACUCCCAGCAUUGUUGGAUGUUAUAUGUUGCAUCUGUUUGCACACCCUGUUGCAUGUUGUCAUGCAAAGUUUGAAACCAGUCAAACUUUACCUUUAUGCUAUACUGUAUAGCUUUUGGUGUAGGCAUGAAAAUCUAUCUGUUAUAUGCACCAAAAUCAGACUGCCUAAUUACAAUGUACACACGCCUAUUACUGCUCUUUUCACAAACAUGCGAACUCUAAAGUUCAAAAGCCGCCUGCACAAUUGCGUUUUCGCUGCCGUCAAUCAUAAUUACGAUCACAAGCAACAAACUUUGAAACACAGAAACACACAAAACAGAUUGAAAUCCACCAAUCACUUAACCUUUUGAACCCGUUAAAGUAAAGUUGUUUCCUAAGAGGUCUGUUAAGAUGAUUGAUGGCAGCGAAACAUGUAAUCGUCAGUUGGCUUUUGAAAUUCAAAGUUCGCAUGUUUGUGAAAUGCGCAGUAAUUUUUUCUUACUUUUCAGUGGGGUGCUUAAUUGAGAGUGGUGCUUAUGUUCUGGGGCUGCUGUUACAUAAAUUUUCUCACUUGUGAAUGACACAGUACUACAUGUUUUUCAAAUUAGCCUGCAGCCAGCUCUUUCUGUAGCAACAUCCCUUGUGCAGCACCUAUUUACAAUAGACCUGACCAACUAAUUGUACAAACUUGGGCAAAGUGGAAACCUGGGUCAGUUUGGUGGGAUAGUUAUAUUCUUAUAUCCUUUCUCUCAUGUUUUUUUUUUAAUUCCUGCUUAGCUUCAAACUUACCAAUGUUCUGUAGUUUAAUAUUGCAUCAUCAAAGAAUGUUGCAUGAUAUAUGUUAUGAAUUAACCCUAUAAUCCUAGUAAAAAUUAUAUCUUGCUUGUUUGAAUAUCAUUAUCAUCUCAGUAAUCAUCAUACAAGAAAGGCAACCUAAAGAAAAAUUUAAUUUGCAUUAAGGAUAGAACUGAACCACAAUAUGGUCUGGUUACUCAAAAUAUGUUGUUGAUUGGCAGGAUAAUUUGUUUGAGUGGCAUUUCACUGUGCGUGGCCCCCCCGACAGCGAUUUUGCAGGUGGACGUUACCAUGGUAGAAUAACAUUGCCUCCUGAGUACCCCAUGAAGCCACCCAGUAUCAUGUUAUUAACUGUGAGUCUAAAUUAAAACUUACUUAUUCUGUUCACUCUCUUAGAGUCAAUGGUAUACAGGGCUGUCAGUGGCUGGUCUCUCAGGAAAAGUAGCCAGGCAUUCACCCUACAAAUCCUCCUCUUUUUUUAUGGUUGACUCAAUUUAAAAUCUACAAUAGACAGCUCAGUAAUGUUAUUGCAGAAGCCAGCUACUAAUGAUAGUCCUGAGUAUACAACUGUUUCCCACAGGGGAGGUGAAUAUUGGCCUGAAAAAGCAGCCAACAUUUAACGAUGCCACAAAUGGUUUGCCCACGAAAAUGUUUGAGAAAUGGUGGACUGCAGAAAUUAUGUGUGAAUAUUUGUGUUGAAGAAGAAUGGUUUGAGUUGAAGUUGACUGGAUAUUUUUUUGUUGAAUGAAAAUAGUUUGAGUUGAAGUUGAAUGAAUAUUUGUGUUGAAGAAAAAUAGUUUGAGUUGAAGUUGAAUGAAUAUUUGUGUUGAAGAAAAAUAGUUUGAGUUGAAGUUGAAUGAAUAUUUGUGUUGAAUUAAAGUACAUAGCAUUGAAGUUGAAUGAAUGUUUAUUUGUUGAAUGCAAAUAUAAAUCCUUGAAUGAAAAUACUAUGUUCUUGAAUUUUGCUACAAACGGCUAACCAUAUCCCAACUUUGUUUAAAAUUUAUUUUUUUUCUUGGUCACUUAUGGUUGAAAGCUAUAAAUUAUUCCCUCUUCUUGUCUUCAGCCAAAUGGUCGGUUUGAAGUUGGGAAGAAAAUUUGCCUUAGCAUGUCAGCACAUCAUCCUGAAACUUGGCAGCCAUCAUGGAGCAGUAAGUGUCCUGAAAUCACGACAGAGCUGUAUUUUGCCCAGCCUUUGGAGGUAAGCAGUUCCCGUCAUUCUACACUUCACACAAGCUGAUAAUGAGCUUAUAAAUACACAGGUAAUCUGAAAAGGUUGCAGAAUGGGCUAUUGCAUUUAAUAUCUGUACCCCCCCCCCCCCGGUUGAGGACCUACCUUUUGUUCUUUCUCCUGAAGAUAAAAUACUUUUGCAUCUACCCCUGAAGACUUCCAUAAAAUAUGGGUUUACCCCUGAAGAAUAAGGGUCCUACCCAUGAAGUAUUUCGAAAAAAUUAAAGCUCCACCCCAAAGAAUUUCAUAAUUAUUACUCUACCCCUAAAGAAAUCUUCAAUCUUUAUAAACUUAUCCCUGAAGAAUUCAAUGGUUCCUUGACCAGCUGGGGAAUGCAAUUAGCCCAAUUUGAUGUAGCUGGCAAAAUGUUCAGUAUCCUGAUUGCAACAAUCCAGAUACAUGCUACUAGGGUUGUGUUCAAUUGGGAAAUCCAGAAGUUGAUUUUGAAAUUCGGAUUUCAGAUUUUGCAAUCGAACACGAAAUCCGGAAAUGGAUUUCACCUCUGAGAAAUCCGUCCUCAGGGUGGAUUUCAAUUAAGAAAUCCAUCGGGAUUUCAUGGAUUUCCUUUUUCUGUUUAAUUGGGAAAUCCGAAAAAGGAUUUGCAAAACUGUUCUCAUAAACAGUGUUCUUUUUGUUAAUUAUGCGUGCGUGUGCAAGAUCGCUGUUCUUAAGGACAGUUUUUCAAAUCCUUUUUCAGAUUUCCCAAUCGAAUGGUAAAAAUGGAAAUCCAAAAUAGAUAUCUCAGCAUAAUCUCAGUGUUGAAAUCGGGAUUUUAAAAUCUAAAUCCAGAUUUCCUAAUCAAACACACCCUAAAGGAUUCAAAUCUCUCAUGAACAACAACAUCAACAACAAAAAUGACCCAAUACGAAAAGAUCAGGGCAGUAUAAAAAACUUGUUUGAGACAAUUUCUACAGGACAGAUGCUCAGACUAUGCUAAGACCUGGAACUUAGGUUUGACCGGACCAUGUUCACUUGUAAUCUUAGGCUAUGUUGACACUGUACCUUAAAGCUGCUGUGAAGCUCAGUGGCACCAAUCUCGAAAGUGAAGUAUCACGUAUUGGAUAAGUCUUGUGCCACACUUUUGUCCAGUAUUUGAACUGUCAGUAGUGGAAAUGAAUAAACAGAAGUGAGGACCGUAAUCCACUGAGAUGGAAGUUUCAAGGGAGUGAGAACUGGGAGUUAGUUCACCAAACUCUCUUGGUCAAUCAUCCUAGCUCGAUGUUCAAUGUGUGUGAACAACUUGUUCCAGUUCUGUGCUGAGCAACUCCCAACAUUGUUGAAUGUUAUAUGUUGUGUCCAUUUGCACACCCUGUUGUAUGUUGUUGCAUGUUAUUGGGACUACACAUACUAUACUGGAUAGCUUUUUGUAUAGGCAUGAAAAUCUAUCCUUUAAAUGUAUAUGCACCAAAAUAAGACUGCCUAAUUACAAUGUACACACGCCUAUUACUGCGCUUUUCACAAACAUGCGAACUCUAAAGGUCAAAAGCCACCUUCACAAUUGCGUUUUAUGCUGCCGUCAAUCAUAAUUAUGAUCACAAGCAACAAACUUUGCAACACAGAAACACACAAAACAGAUUGAAAUCCACCAAUCAUAAAUCACAAACCAUGACCUUUUGAACCCGUUAAAGUGAAGUUUUGUUUCCUAAGAGGUCUGGUAAGAUGAUUGACGGCAGCGAAACAUGCAAUCGUCAGUUGUCUUUUGAACUUCAGAAUUCACAUGCUUAUGAAAUGGGCAGUAAUUUUUUCUUACUUCUUAGUGGGGUGCUUAAUAAUUGAGAGUGGUGCUUAUGUUCUGGGGCUGCAGUUACAUAAAUUUUCUUCAUUUCUGAAUGACACAGUACUACACGUUUUUCAAAUUAGCCGACAGCCAGCUCUUACUGUAGCAACAUCCCUUGUGCAGCACCUAUUUACAAUAGACCUGACCAACAAUAUUAAUGGUACAAGCUUGGGCAAAGUGGAACCCUGGGUCAGUUUGGUGGGAUAGUUAUACUCUUAUAUCCUUUCUCUCAUGUUUUUCUUUAAUUCCUGCAUAGCUUCAAACACACCAAAGUUCUGUAGUUAAAUAUUGCAUCAUCAAAGAAUGUUGUAUGAUAGAUGUUGUGGAUUAACCCUGUAAUCCUAGUGAAAAUAAUAUCUUUCUUACUUGAAAGUCAUUAUCAUCUCAGUAAUUACCAUAUAAGAAGGGCAACCUAAAGAAAAAUUAAAUUUGCAUUAAGGAUAUAACUGAACCACAAUAUGGUCAGAACGAUUUACAAAGAUAUGUCUACACAGGUGGUUACUCAAAAUAUGUUGUUGAUUGGCAGGAUAAUUUGUUUGAGUGGCAUUUCACUGUGCGUGGCCCCCCUGACAGCGAUUUUGCAGGUGGACGUUACCAUGGUAGAAUAACAUUGCCUCCUGAGUACCCCAUGAAGCCACCCAGUAUCAUGUUAUUAACUGUGAGUCUUAAAUUAAAACUUACUUAUUCUGUUCCCUCUCUUAGAGUCAAUGGUAUACAGGGCUUUCAGUGGCUGGUCUCUCCGGAAAAGUAGCCAGGCAUUCACCCCACAAAUCCUCCUCUUUUUUUAUGUUUGACUCAAUUUAAAAUCUACAAUAGACAGCUCAGUGAUUUUAUUGCAGUAGCCAGCAACUAAUGAUAGUCCUGAGUAUACAACUGUUUCCCACAGGGGAGGUGAAUAUUGACAUUUAACGAUGCCACAAAUGGUUAAUUGCCCACGAAAUGAUGUUUGAGAAAUGCAGGACUGCAGAAAUUAUGUGUGAAUAUUUGUGUUGAAGAAGAAUGGUUUGAGUUGAAGUUGACUGGAUAUUUUUUUGUUGAAUGAAAAUAGUUUGAGUUGAAGUUGAAUGAAUAUUUGUGUUGAAUGAAAGUACAUGGCAUUGAAGUUGAAUGAAUGUUUAUUUGUUGAAUGUAAAUUUAAAUCCUUGAAUGAAAAUACUAUGUUCUUAAAUUUUGCUACAAACAGCUAACCAUACCCCAACUUUGUUUAAAAUUUAUUUUUUUUCUUGGUCACUUAUGGUUGAAAGUUAUAAAUUAUUCCCUCUUCUUGUCUUCAGCCAAAUGGUCGGUUUGAAGUUGGGAAGAAAAUUUGCCUUAGCAUGUCAGCACAUCAUCCUGAAACUUGGCAGCCAUCAUGGAGCAGUAAGUGUCCUGAAAUCGUGAAAUAUGUAUACUGUGCUUGAAACUCAAGUGUUUGACUAAAAGACUUAACCCAUUCACUCCGGGGAAUUUUUUUCUGAAAAACUGCAUUUUGAAGCUAGUCCAGCUGUUUUCUGGUCUCUGUCUGGCUAUAAAGAGUUAAAACUUACCACAAAGCUGUUUACAUGCAGGUCAUACUCUUGGCGGCCUUUUGUUCCAGAUGCAAAAUAUUAGCUUCCAAAGCUCAGGCAUGUGUAAAAAGCAAAAUUUUGAGAUAAUUUCUCCAAUUUUGGGUUUAAAAGUGACACAGCAGUCCCAUUUUUUUUCUUCUCUUCCUCCCUCUUCUUUCGCUUUUCUUGCCUGAGUCAUUUUUUUUUCCUUUGCUGGGCAUUCUGUUGGCUUCGUUUUGGUGGGAAAAGUUAUUAGGAAAGCUUUUAGGAUCUGCAUGGGCGGUUACAGGCAGUUCAGGGAGAAUGGGUUAAGCUGGCCGGGCCAGAUUUUGAGAUUUGGUGUUGGAUGAUUUGAGUGGUUAUUGUUACAGAAAAUGAAAAAAAUGGAGAAGUGAAGGAGAGUGCAGUGAGUAAGGCUGUGUAUUAAGUGCAGCCAUAAGGAAUUAUACCGACUGUUAAGUGAAGAUAAUGAUAACUGUCACUUUCAACCAAAAUUUACUUGAAAAAAAAAACAGUUUAACAUAAUAUGUUAAACCAAAAUUUUGCAUAUUAUGCAAAAUUUUGGAAAAUUGAAGAUAGACUGUGCCAUCCAAAUUUACUGCUGCGAAGAGACAUUCUCUGAGGGAGGGUAAUAAUACAUAAUUUGUUGUUUUGGUUUGUUGUUAUUGACAGUUCGUACUGUGCUUAUGGCAAUAAUUGGAUUCAUGCCAACCCAGGGUGCAGGAGCAAUAGGGUCUCUUGACUACACUCCACAAGAAAGAAAGGUCCUGGCUAAAAAGUAAGGAGCAUGUACUAUAUUAAAUUUAUAAUUAAAAUUAAAAUUUAUAAUUAAAACUACCUGUCUACCACAACUUGAAAAUGACAUUUUAGAACAUGACAUGAGCAUUUAGAGCAUACACAUCUAGGGCCCAGCGGGAGUUACUUGGGUUAAUUUUUGCUGCUUAUGUGUCUCUGGCCUCUCAGAGCCCCUACCCUAUCCAGCGGCACAUCCCCAUUAACCUCUUAUAAGGAAGUACCUCCCCUCCCCUGGGAUCUAGGGAGACAGAGGUCUCACAAAGUAAGAAAAUAAUGCAUAAAAUGUAUUUGAUGCUUCCAAAGAUUAAAAUGGCUGUCCUUAACUUAAAAAAGUUCCCUUUAAAGUCAUGGGCAAUUUGCUCUCAAUUUAAUUCUCAAAUAUCAGUGGUUGCUGCCCCCUACAUUAAUUUGAUAAAUACCAGUAAAACUUGUAAGUUUCUGUUUCAUUUCCGGAAACAAUGAAAAAAAAUUAUUCAAUAAUUAGUUUAGGGAUAAAAUCUAAGGAGCUUUUUCUCCUUUUCCAAAGUAGUCUUGUGAGACGUACAAUGUUUUUUCAUUCUAGAUCAAUAGACUGGAAAUGUAAUGGCUGUGAUGUGUGUAUAAAGACCGUUUUACUAGAAACCACUGGUAGGCAGGUUCUAACCAUAAUUUGAUGAUUGAAGAUGAUAUAGCCCUGUUUAUAUACCUAUAUUUGGUUUUAAAAAUUACUUGAGACACAAUUCCAUAAGGGACACUUCCCACUCAAUACUUCAAAGGGAAAAAAAUCAACCAUCCCUCCCCCACUCCCCCCCCCCAAACAAUGUUGUGCCUACUGAUAUUGAAAAGAAAUUUUUGAAGAGUCAGAUCAGCUGGGAAUCUAUAUUUUUUUGCUCUUAGUCAAUAAAUUUUGGGUAACUGAUAGUACCUGUAGGUACUUGUAGUACUGAUAUAUGUAGCAAACUGCAUGGUUUUGUACUGCAGCUCACACCUGCCUACAGAAGUUUUAAAAUACAUUGUAACCUCUGCUAUCAGCCACCUCUCCACAACCCUGAGCAACUUUUUUUUGCAAAAAAAUCUUAGUUAACUUUAUGUCGCAGCUAUAGAGAUCUUGACCUCUUAACUUGACAAAUGUCUGCAUUAAUCAUUUUAGGCUGAAAUGUCAUCUUCAAGUUACCUUUUGUCUUGUAGCUUAUUCUUACGUCACAGGUGAAGACAUUUUGUCUAAUUUUGUAAUUAUUUUGUUUUACAGGUGAAUCAAGUGAAGAAGCUGAGAAGGAAGCAGCUGAGUUAGCAGCACAGAUCACCUUUAAGGUACUGUUACUUGGCAUAUUUCAUGCCUAGAAUCCAAAGGGGGAUUCUUUCAACUCCUUACAUCACCACUAGUGGCCAAAGUCAAAAUUCCGUAAAAAUCAGUCAUUUUGAUUUGUGAAAUACUAUCUAAAGGAACUAAAAUAUAAAAGUUCUACUGAAGAGGUUUUUGAUUGCUUACAUUAUUACCCUAGCUGCUGUAGACUUUUCAUGCAUGGUUUUUGGGUUUCCGUAAGUCUUUAAAUAGUGUCACCCGAUUGUGGUUUUAGCCUUUGGCCGAAGAUGUGUUGGCCUGCAGCCAACACCGAAGCAUCCUACAUGGACCGCAUGCAAGAAAAAACCUCUGGUACCUAGGGUAUUACAUUGCAUGAAUAGGUUUUUGUGCACAGAGCUAAAAGUUAUUAGUAAAAUCCAACUAGUGGUCUUUAUCAAUUCUGCGUUCUGAUUGGUUGAGCUACUACUAGGCUAUAUGUUAUAGUCCACUAGUAGCGAAAAGCACGGCCUUUUGGCGGCAAAAAAAGAUUAAAGUCUAGCUUUAAUUAGCUUAAAUUUUUGUAUUCUCGAAAUUUUCGCCCAACUAGUUGGAUUUUACUAAAACAAUAAUUGUUUUAGUAAAAUCCAGCUAGUUGGCACGAUAUUUAACAAUUACUCCUCUCCCCCUCAUGGCCUCUGAGUCAAUAGCCCAUUCAGCCUUCGGUCUCAUGGGCUAUGACUCAGAGCCCAUUUGGGCUUGAGGAAUAAUUGUUAAAUAUCGUGCCAAAACACUCUCCAAGGAGUGAAAUUAAGAUCAUACUUAUCAUAAUUACCUCCUUACAGGGAGAGAAUGAAAAGGAAAAAGCAACAGGUGAAAGGACAGAAACACCAACUUCUGGCAGUGGGACUAGCCAACCACAGACUUCAACACCAAGUCAAGUGAACUCUACGGCAGGCUCACCUACUGGAGCUUCACCAUGGGGUGUUCAUUCAAUGGGUGUGCCUCCUCAAUACUAUGCUGCAUAUCAAUCAGCUUACCCUUACUAUGCCACAGGGUACCCAAUGUACAACAUGAUGACUGCAAAUCCAUUAUGGCAAUAAUUGGAUUCAUGCCAACCCAGGGUGCAGGAGCAAUAGGGUCUCUUGACUACACUCCACAAGAAAGAAAGGUCCUGGCUAAAAAGUAAGGAGCAUGUACUAUAUUAAAUUUAUAAUUAAAACUACCUGUCUACCACAACUUGAAAAUUACAUUUUAGAACAUCACAUGAGCAUUUAGAGCAUACACAUCUAGGGCCUAGCGGGAAUUACUUGGGAUAUAUUUCGCUGUGUAUGUGCCUCUGGCCUCUCAGAGCCCCUACCCCCGUCCAGCGGCAUAUCCCCAUUAGCCUCUUAUAAGGAAGUACCUCCCCUCCCCUGGGAUCUAGGGAGACAGAGGUCUCACAAAGUAAGAAAAUAAUACAUAAAAUGUAUUUGAUGCUUCCAAAGAUUAAAAUGGCUGGUCCUUAACUUAAAGACAUGGGCAAUUUGCUCUCAAUUUAAUUCUCAAAUAUCAGUGGUUGCUGCCCCCUACAUUAAUUUGAUAAAUACAAGUAAAUUUGUAAGUUUCUGUUUCAUUUCCAGAAACAAUGAAAAAAAUUAUUUAAAAAUUAGUUUAGGGAUAAAAUCUAAGGAGCUUUUUCUCCUUUUCCAAAGUAGUCUUGUGAGACUUACAGUGUUUUUUCAUUCUAGAUCAAUAGACUGGAAAUGUAAUGGCUGUGAUGUGUGUAUAAAGACUGUUUUACUAGAAACCACUGGUAGGCAGGUUCUAACCAUAAUUUGAUGAUUGAAGAUGAUAUAGCUGUGUUUAUAUACCUAUAUCUGGUUUUAAAAAUUAUUUGAGAAACAAUUCCCUAAGGGGCACUUCCCACUCAAUACUUCAAAGGGAAAGAAAUCAACCAUCCCUCCCCCACUCCCUCCCCCCAAAACAAUGUUGUGCCUAUUAAUAUUCAAAAGAAAUUUUUUUAGAGUCAGAUCAGCUGGGAAUCUAUAUUUUUUUGCUCUCAGUCAAUAAAUUUUUGGUAACUGUUAGUACCUGUAGGUACCUGUAGUACUGAUGUAUGUAGCAAACUGCAUGGUUUUGUACUGCAGCUCACACCUGCCUACAGAAGUUUUAAAAUACAUUGUAACCUCUGCUAUCAGCCACCUCUCCACAACCCUGAGCAACUUUUUUUUGCAAAAAAACCUUGAGUUAACUUUCUGUCAUAGCUAUAGAGAUCUUGACCUCUUUACUUGAAGUGUCUUACUCUUUACUAGAAGUGUCUGCAUUAAUCAUUUUAGGCUGAAACGUCAUCUUCAAGUUACCUUUUGUCUCGUAGCUUAUUCUUAAGCCACAGGUGAAGUAUAGACAUUUUGUCUAAUUUUGCAAUUAUUUUGUUUUGUAGGCGAAUCAAGUAAAGAAGCUGAGAAGGAAGCAGCUGAGUUAGCAGCACAGAUCACUUUUAAGGUACUGUUACUUGGCAUAUUUUAUGCUUAGAAUCCAAAGGGGGAUUCUUUUAACUCCUUACAUUGCCACUUGUCAAAUUCUGUAAUUAUCUAAAGGAACUAAAAUAUAAAAGUUCUACUGAAGAGGUUUUUGAUUGCUUACAUUAUUACCCUAGCUGCUGGAGACUUUUCAUGCAUGGUUUCUGGGUUUCGGUCUGGUUUCUGGUCUUUAUAGUGUCACCUGAUUGCGGUUUUAGCCUUUGGCUGAAGAUUUGUUGGCCGGCAGCAAGCACACGUAAGAAAGAACCUCUGGUACCCAGGGUAUUACAUUGUAUGAAUAGGUUUUUGUGCACAGAUCUAAAAGUUAAUAUCGUGCCAAAACACUCUCCAAGGAGUGAAAUUAAGAUCAUACUUAUCAUUAUUACUUUCUUACAGGGAGAGAAUGAAAAGGAAAAAGCAACAGGUGAAAGGACGGAAACACCAACUUCUGGCAGUGGGACUAGCCAACCACAGACUUCAACACCAAGUCAAGUGAACUCUACGGCAGAAUCGCCCACUGGAGCUUCACCAUGGGGUGUUCAUUCAAUGGGUGUGCCUCCUCAAUACUAUGCUGCAUAUCAAUCAGCUUACCCUUACUAUGCCACAGGGUACCCAAUGUACAACAUGAUGACUGCAAAUCCAAAUUAUUCCCUCUUCUUGUCUUCAGCCAAAUGGUCGGUUUGAAGUUGGGAAGAAAAUUUGCCUUAGCAUGUCAGCACAUCAUCCUGAAACUUGGCAGCCAUCAUGGAGCAGUAAGUGUCCUGAAAUCGUGACUGUAUACUGUGCUUGAAACUCAAGUGUUUGACUAAAAGACUUAACCCAUUCACUCCGGGGAAUUUUUUUCUGAAAAACUGCAUUUUAAGCUAGUCCAGCUGUUUUCUGGUCUCUGUCUGGCUAUAAAGAGUUAAAACUUACCACAAAGCUGUUUACAUGCAGGUCAUACUCUUGGUGGCCUUUUGAUCCAGAUGCAAAAUAUUAGCUUCCAAAGCUCGGGCAUGUGUAAAAAGCAAAAUUUUGAGAUAAUUUCUCCAAUUUUGGGUUUAAAAGUGACACAGCAGACCUAUUUUUUUUCUUCUCUUCCUCCCUCUUCUUUUGCAUUUCUUGCCUGAGUCAUGAUUUUCCUUUGCUGGGCAUUCUGUAGGCUGCAUUUUGGUGGGAAAAGUGAUUAGGAAAGCUUUUAGGAUCUGCAUGGGCGGUUACAGGCAGUUCAGGGAGAAUGGGUUAAGCUGGCCUGGCCAAAUUUUGAGAUUUGGUGUUGGAUGAUUGAGUGGUUAUUGUUACAGAAAAUGAAAAAAAUGGAGAAGUGAAGGACAGUGCAGUGAGUAAGGCUGUGUAUUAAGUGCAGCCAUAAGGAAUUAUACUGACUGUUAAGUGAAGAUAAUGAUAACUGUCACUUUCAACCAAAAUUUACUUUAAAAAAAACAGUUUAAUGUAUGCAAAAUUUUGGAAAAUUGAAGAUAGAUGGUGCCAUCCAAAUUUACUGCUGCGAAGAGACAUUCUCUGAGGGAGGGUAAUAAUACAAAAUUUGUUGUUAUGGGUGUGUUCUUAUUGACAGUUCGUACUGUGCUUAUGGCAAUAAUUGGAUUCAUGCCAACCCAGGGUGCAGGAGCAAUAGGGUCUCUUGACUACACUCCACAAGAAAGAAAGGUCCUGGCUAAAAAGUAAGGAGCAUGUACUAUAUUAAAUUUAUAAUUAAAACUACCUGUCUACCACAACUUGAAAAUUACAUUUUAGAACAUCACAUGAGCAUUUAGAGCAUACACAUCUAGGGCCUAGCGGGAAUUACUUGGGAUAUAUUUCGCUGUGUAUGUGCCUCUGGCCUCUCAGAGCCCCUACCCCCGUCCAGCGGCAUAUCCCCAUUAGCCUCUUAUAAGGAAGUACCUCCCCUCCCCUGGGAUCUAGGGAGACAGAGGUCUCACAAAGUAAGAAAAUAAUACAUAAAAUGUAUUUGAUGCUUCCAAAGAUUAAAAUGGCUGGUCCUUAACUUAAAGACAUGGGCAAUUUGCUCUCAAUUUAAUUCUCAAAUAUCAGUGGUUGCUGCCCCCUACAUUAAUUUGAUAAAUACAAGUAAAUUUGUAAGUUUCUGUUUCAUUUCCAGAAACAAUGAAAAAAAUUAUUUAAAAAUUAGUUUAGGGAUAAAAUCUAAGGAGCUUUUUCUCCUUUUCCAAAGUAGUCUUGUGAGACUUACAGUGUUUUUUCAUUCUAGAUCAAUAGACUGGAAAUGUAAUGGCUGUGAUGUGUGUAUAAAGACUGUUUUACUAGAAACCACUGGUAGGCAGGUUCUAACCAUAAUUUGAUGAUUGAAGAUGAUAUAGCUGUGUUUAUAUACCUAUAUCUGGUUUUAAAAAUUAUUUGAGAAACAAUUCCCUAAGGGGCACUUCCCACUCAAUACUUCAAAGGGAAAGAAAUCAACCAUCCCUCCCCCACUCCCUCCCCCCAAAACAAUGUUGUGCCUAUUAAUAUUCAAAAGAAAUUUUUUUAGAGUCAGAUCAGCUGGGAAUCUAUAUUUUUUUGCUCUCAGUCAAUAAAUUUUUGGUAACUGUUAGUACCUGUAGGUACCUGUAGUACUGAUGUAUGUAGCAAACUGCAUGGUUUUGUACUGCAGCUCACACCUGCCUACAGAAGUUUUAAAAUACAUUGUAACCUCUGCUAUCAGCCACCUCUCCACAACCCUGAGCAACUUUUUUUUGCAAAAAAACCUUGAGUUAACUUUCUGUCAUAGCUAUAGAGAUCUUGACCUCUUUACUUGAAGUGUCUUACUCUUUACUAGAAGUGUCUGCAUUAAUCAUUUUAGGCUGAAACGUCAUCUUCAAGUUACCUUUUGUCUCGUAGCUUAUUCUUAAGCCACAGGUGAAGUAUAGACAUUUUGUCUAAUUUUGCAAUUAUUUUGUUUUGUAGGCGAAUCAAGUAAAGAAGCUGAGAAGGAAGCAGCUGAGUUAGCAGCACAGAUCACUUUUAAGGUACUGUUACUUGGCAUAUUUUAUGCUUAGAAUCCAAAGGGGGAUUCUUUUAACUCCUUACAUUGCCACUUGUCAAAUUCUGUAAUUAUCUAAAGGAACUAAAAUAUAAAAGUUCUACUGAAGAGGUUUUUGAUUGCUUACAUUAUUACCCUAGCUGCUGGAGACUUUUCAUGCAUGGUUUCUGGGUUUCGGUCUGGUUUCUGGUCUUUAUAGUGUCACCUGAUUGCGGUUUUAGCCUUUGGCUGAAGAUUUGUUGGCCGGCAGCAAGCACACGUAAGAAAGAACCUCUGGUACCCAGGGUAUUACAUUGUAUGAAUAGGUUUUUGUGCACAGAUCUAAAAGUUAAUAUCGUGCCAAAACACUCUCCAAGGAGUGAAAUUAAGAUCAUACUUAUCAUUAUUACUUUCUUACAGGGAGAGAAUGAAAAGGAAAAAGCAACAGGUGAAAGGACGGAAACACCAACUUCUGGCAGUGGGACUAGCCAACCACAGACUUCAACACCAAGUCAAGUGAACUCUACGGCAGAAUCGCCCACUGGAGCUUCACCAUGGGGUGUUCAUUCAAUGGGUGUGCCUCCUCAAUACUAUGCUGCAUAUCAAUCAGCUUACCCUUACUAUGCCACAGGGUACCCAAUGUACAACAUGAUGACUGCAAAUCCCUCAGCUGCACAGGGUUAUGCAUCGUAUGCAGGUCCAGUGACUAGUCACAAUACCGUCUCAUCAAGUCAGGCUGGAAGUGCUCCAGCAACCAAUCAGAACAGUAGUGUUAAUGCAGGAGCUGGUGGUAUUCGUCAGAGAACUGCUACCAAUCAGUCUUUUCCAACUCAAAAUACCCAGCCUGCAUCUGUUGCAGGAGGUGUACCACAGACUCAUUCUGUUGUUGUUAACACUCAACCGCGUAUAUCACAAAGCGGAAUGUUCUCGCUAAUUUUUCUUUGGUUGUUAGCAGUGUCUAUUAUUGCUUUGGUCUGUAGAAGACUUUUUGUGGUUUCUUGA